CUUGCCGGAGCGGGGCUGACAGGGCGGGGAGAGGGGACAGACACACCUCGCCGGGCGAGGCUGGCGGCCACCUCCGGGUCCAGCGGAGGGACCCGACUCACUUCUCGGGCUCUCCCGCCCGUGGGCGAUGGGUCUGGCCCCAGCUCCCCCGCGUCCACCUCUGCGAUCCCUCCACACCGACCGACCGACCGUCCCGGCUCCCCACACCCUACCCUUCGUCCUUCCCGGACCCCACGCCGCUUUCCUCCCAGUCACAGCUCGGGACCCGUUACCUGCAGAGCGGAUCGACAGUCCUGCAGCCUGGACAAAUAUCUCCUCUUGCUGUUCUUGGACUGUUGCAACCAUGACUUUGCUUCCUGGGUCUCUGUUGCAACUGUUCUCUCAGCUUUCAGAGUUGCUUGAAGUCUCAUCGUGUGGCAGCCGCGUCAACAGAGGAGCCUUCAGAAUGUAAGGCUAGGUUCCAACAUCUCUCCAACUGCCACUUUCGUGCCCCAGCGCACACCACUGGGGCACGGGGGUGGCCCUUCAUCAUACCGUGUCCCCUCAUUUUUUAAUCUAUCCCCAGAUUUUUCUGCUUCUCGAGGAGGUGAGAGGAGACGAGGGGGCGUCUUCUUCACCCUAGAUGUAUUAACCAGGUACACCGCUCAAUCAGCUUCAUGUCUAGCCUUUUGAAACACAUACAAGAAGGGAAGACUUGGAAAGGAGCCCUCUGGGGGGCUCCCGAAGAACAGAAGCGGUGGUUUUUCUUUCCUAUUAAACGAAUAAAUAUGCAAACAUCGCUCCUUCGCGCUGCUUCCGUGGCUCAGAGCAGAGGACCGCCGCGGGCAUCCAGGGAGGUCCCAGCGGCUGCUGCGGUCCCGCCCCGCUCCUCUCGGCUCAGCCAGGCCGCUUGCUUUUCCCGGUUCUCACCAGAGAGGCACACGCGCUCCGUCCGUCCCUUCCCGCCGCAGGCGGAGGGAAGAGAAAGGGUCUGUUGUUUUUCUCUCUUCCUUUCUGCCGCUCACCGGGCUGCUGACCGGCUCAGACAGCCCUGAUGGAACUCCUCCGCGGCCGAGCGGGCCCCUCCUCCUCCGGGGACCUCGUCCUCGGCUAAUUCGUCUUUGUCCCGACGGAGGGAAAGAGAGGGAAAGAAGAAGAAGAAGAAAAACCACAAACUUCCUUUGAAAACCAGUUUGUAGGCAGGGCCUGGAGCGCACGCCGGAGACCCGGUCACUCGGCAAUCCUGAAGACGCCGGGAGGCCCCCGGAGCGCGGGCGCUGCCCCCUGCUUGCCCUCGCCCCCACCCUCCUCCGGCGUGCCCCGUGCUGGGCGUGAGUCCGGAAGUGGUCACGACCCAAGCUGGGCACCGCGCGAGUAAACCCGUGUCAAGGCGUGUAAGCUCCGGGGCUGACAGCUGGGAGCAGCUGGGAGCAGCUGGCGCAGGCAGCGCCCCUGGACGAUGCCCCCUCCUCCAGCGUCGAGCCGCCAGAAUUGAGUCCUCUCUCAGUCCCGGAACCGCAUGCACCCCUUUCAGAGAAGCCAGUUCCACCCAGUGUCUUCCAUCCCUUCCAAGCCUGGAAGCCCAGGUCCCGGCAAUUCCAUCUGGUCACAGCAAGUUAGAGGUAGAAUAAGCCGAAGCCUUCUGUUUACAGAUGCUGAGAAAAGCUGAAUCCGGAGCCAGAGUGGCCUUCCCCGUUGUUCACUUCCCAGGUUUUCCUCGUUCUCUUGGCUCUAUAACUCAAUGACCUUAUUGACCAGCCCACUCUUCUGCAUAUCAGAGUCACCCAAGCAAGGUCCCUGAGGUCAAGAAAGGCCUUUGUCCCCCUCAGCUGGACUCUAACCCCACUAUGGAACAAGCUCAGGUGGAGCCCCUAGUCCCCAGCAAGGCCAGUAGUGCAGAAACUGGUGAAUCUGAAAAAUAUGAGGCCCUGUCCGGACCAGAGAAGCACUCUCCAGACAACCCUCAAGACAAGGGUAGUGCAGAGGCUGGUGGGGCAGCUGGAGAACAGGAGCCAGGAGACCAAGCUUUGCCACCAGCCCAGGAUGGGGAAAAUCUUGAGUGCCCUCCUCCUGAAGCUAGCUCAAGUCCGUGUGGGGCACCAUCUGAGGUAGAAACAGUAGAGACGUGUUCUAGGCCACAGGAGCGUCCUCAGUCCCCCAGGACCCAACAGCCUGAUGUAGAUUUCUACUGUGUUAAGUGGAUCCCCUGGAAGGGAGAACAGACCCCCAUCAUCACCCAGAGCACCAAUGGCCCUUGUCCUCUGCUGGCCAUCAUGAACAUCCUGUUUCUUCAGUGGAAGGUGAAGCUGCCCCCUCAGAAGGGAAUGAUCACAUCAGAUGAGCUCAUGACACAUCUUGGAAACUGCCUCCUAUCCAUUGAGCCCCAGGAGAAGUCUGAGGGCCUUCAACUUAACUUUCAGCAGAAUGUGGAGGACGCAAUGACGGUGCUCCCUAAACUGGCCACAGGUCUGGAUGUCAAUGUGCGAUUCACCGGCGUCUCUGACUUUGAGUACACACCCGAAUGCAGCAUCUUUGACUUGCUGGGCAUACCUCUGUACCAUGGCUGGCUUGUUGAUCCACAGAGUCCUGAGGCUGUGAGUGCUGUUGGGAAACUGAGUUACAACCAGCUGGUAGAGAAGAUCAUCACCUGUAAACACUCCAGUGACCCCAGCCUCGUGACAGAAGGCUUGAUCGCAGAGCAGUUCCUGGAGACCACUGCGGCGCAGCUGACCUAUCAUGGCCUCUGUGAGCUGACAGCAACUGCUAAGGAAGAUGAACUCAGUGUCUUUUUUCGAAACAACCACUUUAGCACAAUGACUAAACACAAGAGUCACUUGUACCUACUGGUCACUGACCAGGGCUUUCUUCAGGAGGAGCAGGUGGUGUGGGAGAGUCUGCAUAACGUGGAUGGUGACAGUUGCUUUUGUGACUCCGACUUCCACCUAAGUCAUUCCCUAGGCAAAAGCCAUGGAGCCGAAGGUGGGGGUGACUCUCCAGAGAAGCAGCUGCAGGUGGACCAGGACUAUCUUAUUGCCUUGUCCCUACAACAGCAGCAGCCACAAGGCAUGCUGGGUCUUAGCGACCUGGAACUGGCCCAACAGCUCCAGCAAGAGGAGUACCAACAGCAACAAGCAAUCCAGCCUUCGCAAACCAGGGCCCCUUCGCCCCAGGGGAGAGGAGCCACAUCUGGACGCCCAGCUGGAGAGCGGCGGCAGAGGUCAAAGCCUGAGUCAGGCUGUGCGCUGCUCUAACUGAACCCCUUACAGCGUGGACCCACCUCUCCUGUCCGAGGCUAUGACUGCUUUGCUCGCAGGAUCCCCCACCUCAAUCCCUGAGGCAUACAGGGUAACUGCACUGCUGGGCAUCAGAGCAGGCAGCAGACACCAAGGGCAGACUUGCUACCACGCUUGCCCUUCUCUGUCCUGUCUGGGCUGGGUGGUCUCUGGUUCCCAACUCCCUUUCCUGGAAUAUUCACAUGAAUAUACAGACCCAGGCUGAUAGGUGAAGUACCUCUCUGCCUGCCUGGUUGCCCCUGGCUACCCCACAGGCCUGUUUCCGUUUGUUUUAAGGUUUGAUUUGGGUUUCCAUCUUUAUUAUUUGUAAUGCCUUCCUAGGGAGUUGGGAAUAAAAGUUCUUUCCUGA